AUUAGGUUAGCCCUAAACCCCACCACGUCAGUGUUUGCCAAACGAUGCACGACGCGAUUGAAGCAAAAUUCGCACCUUACUGCUGGCUGAUCCAAACGGGCCUUGGAGUUAAUUGGGAAUUAAGAAUUGGUUGUCACCAAACGCGAGAAGACAAGACAAAGCAAGUAAAUUCCUUUGUGCCAAAAGAAAAUCGGCUCCGAUUCCAUUUAAAGCCUAAAACAGUUAAACUCAUUUGUCCGAAACCAAACUUCAAAGUAGAAUUAUUACUAUCAGAUUCAAGGAAAAGUUUUCUAUCCACUUUGGGAUUACAAAAGUUCACCAGUCUUAAAUUCCAUGGCUUCCUCUCAUUUGCUCUGUAACCACAAUCUCUUCUUCCCUCCAUCCUCGAAAAAUAGUCACUCUUCAAUUACUCCCCAAGCAAAACUUCAAUUUCGAAGAACCCCAUUUGUCAAAGCAUCCAAGAAACAGCUAGAGAUUGUAUAUGACCCUGAUGAGAGGCUAAACAAGUUAGCAGAUGAAGUGGACAAGGAAGCUCCUUUUUCAAGGCUUACUUUGUUCUCACCUUGUAAGAUUAAUGUUUUCUUGAGAAUAACCAAAAAAAGGGAAGAUGGGUAUCAUGAUUUAGCAUCUCUCUUUCAUACAGUUAGUCUGGGGGAUAUAAUUAAGUUCUCUUUGUCACCAUCCAAAACCAAGGAUCGUUUGUCAACCAAUGUAUCUGGUGUCCCCCUUGAUGAUAGAAACCUGAUUAUUAAAGCCCUUAACCUCUACAGGAAAAAAACUGGCAGUGACAACUUCUUUUGGGUUCAUCUUAAUAAGAAGGUGCCUACUGGGGCUGGGCUUGGUGGGGGAAGCAGCAACGCAGCGACUGCACUUUGGGCAGCUAAUCAGUUCAAUGGUUGUGUUGCAACUGAGAAGGAACUCCAGGAAUGGUCGAGUGAGAUUGGUUCAGAUAUUCCAUUCUUUUUCUCACAUGGGGCAGCAUAUUGUACUGGUCGAGGUGAGGUUGUUCAAGAUAUAUCCCCACCGCUUCCAUUGGACAUUCCAAUGGUUCUUAUAAAGCCUAAGGAGGCAUGUUCCACGGCUGAAGUUUACAAGCGUCUUCGACUAGAUCAAACCAGUAAGGUUGAUCCUUUGACAUUGCUGGAGAAGAUAUCAAGGAAUGGAAUAUCUCAAGAUGUCUGUAUCAAUGAUUUGGAACCUCCUGCCUUGGAAGUACUACCGUCUCUUAAACGGCUAAAGCAGCGUGUAAUUGCAGCUGGCCGUGGACAAUAUGAUGCUGUUUUUAUGAGUGGAAGUGGAAGCACCAUUGUUGGAAUCGGCUCUCCUGAUCCUCCUCAAUUUGUGUAUGACGACAAUGAUUACUGUGACGUAUUUUUGUCAGAGGCCAACUUUAUCAACCGGGAAGAAAAUGAGUGGUACAAAGAACAUAUUUCAGCGAGUGCUUGUCAACCAUCGGAAGCAUCACAAACUCUGGAGUGAUUCAUCCUUACCGAAGAACACUAAA